AUGGAUGCGGUUCUUGAUGAAGCAUUAGAUGAGCUCGACGAUGAAGGCAAUAGUGCGACAAGUAAAAGCUACCGAAACCAGUUGGAUUCGAAAGCAGGUCACAAUUCAACUUCAAAGUCCAAGGCAAUGAACGAAGACAUUCAGCAAGAGACGGCAAAGAAGCACAACAAGAAAAAGAACAAGGGAACAGGAAAAAAAAUCGAUGCAAAAGGAAAGCAACGAUACCAGCCUCAAACAGUCGAAGAGGCGCUUGGGAGUCUUUUGGAAGAGAUGAAUCGAACAAGCAUUGAAGAUAUAGAUCAGGAGGACGACUUUCUCAGAGAAAUGCUUGGGUUGUCAGACGGCGGUACUGAAAAUUAUGAUGCAGAUGCUGUGAUAGAUGGAAUGAUGGAGCAGUUGUUGUCAAAGGAAUUGAUGUACGAACCGAUGAAACAAGUCCUCGACCAGUUCCCCGAUUAUCUUGACGAGAAUCAGGGGAAUUUGUCAACAGAGGAGUAUCAACAACGAUGCGAACAGUACAACAGCUUCAAAAGAUUGAUAAAGGUAUACGAGGAGGAACCCUCAAACACAACAAAACUUAUGGAACAAAUGCAGGAAGUUCAAAAAUAUGGGCAGCCACCGAUCGAAAUUGUUCAAGUGAUUGCUCCAGGCCUCGAGUUGGACGGUGAGGGAAUACCAGCGAUAAACCCGCUCAUGCAUAUUGGAACUGGCGACGACGACUGUUGCAUAAUGUAG